AUGAACUUCCGGGACAUUUUAGCAGGAGGAAAAGAAUUCGUCAUGAGUGGACUGAUGAAGCCUGCGGGUUAUAGCGCGCUGUUGGAUAUGAAGCAGACAGAGCAGGGUAUAAAGUUGAUAAAGGAGUUCUUCCAGCAGAACCUUUCGACGGAGUUGCGCCUACGCCGUGUCACGGCACCGCUGUUUGUAUUGCAGGGUCUUGGACUCAACGACGACCUGAACGGCGUGGAGCGAGCCGUGACGUUCCCCAUUAAGGCCCUAGGCGACGCGCGGGCUGAGGUGGUGCAUUCACUGGCUAAGUGGAAGCGGGUAUCACUGGCGGAGUAUGGAAUCGAACCGGGUUAUGGCAUAUAUACAGAUAUGAAUGCCAUCCGCGCUGAUGAACAACUGGACAACCUCCACUCGCUCUACGUGGACCAAUGGGACUGGGAAGCGGUUAUAACCCGGGAUCAGCGCACUGUGGAGCAUUUGAAGGACGUAGUGGAACGGAUUUACGGAGCUAUCCGCCGAAUGGAGUACCUCACCUGCGAAACGUAUUCGCAGCUGCGUCCUUUCCUGCCGGAAAAUAUCACCUUUGUGCAUAGCGAGGAGCUGCUGCAGAUGUACCCUGACAAAACGCCUAAGGAGCGAGAGGACGAGAUAUGUCGCAAAUACGGGGCCGUGUUCCUCAUCGGCAUCGGCGGCCGGCUCAGCGACGGCAAGAAGCACGAUGGUCGUGCGCCCGACUAUGAUGACUGGUCUACUGUAGCCGAAGACGGCCGCACCGGCCUUAACGGCGACAUUCUCAUUUGGUACCCCGUACUCGGUCGCUCCUUCGAGCUCUCGUCCAUGGGGAUACGCGUUGACAAGGAAGCACUGCUGCGCCAACUAAAGACCGAGGGCAAGGAGGACCGACAGCAACUCUACUUCCAUCAAAAGCUGAUGCGCGAUGAGCUGCCGCUGAGCAUCGGCGGAGGAAUCGGUCAGAGCCGCCUUUGUAUGCUGAUGCUGCACAAGGCUCACAUCGGCGAAAUCCAGGCCAGCAUCUGGCCAGAAGACAUGCGACGCGAAUGCCGCGAGCACGGCAUGCCGCUUAUCUGA